GUGCUUUCAAACACCACACUGGGAGGGUUUCUUACGUACGUGCAUAUGCUGGCAAAUUGUUGAUAGAAUACGGCACCUGACAUAGAUGCUGUACAUCUUACUAUAAACGCGUACACAUACACACACACGCACACACCAUCGAGAUGUCCUCAACGGGAGAAUCACCGGCUAAAGACCUGUCAGCCAAGGACGACAGUCCCAUACAGCCACCAACAAACAAUGUGAUUGAUAGUACAAGUGUAGAAGUCGCGAGUCUUUCCAACACAGACAUGGAGGACGAGCGAGAUACCACAACAAAUACAAUCGAUGAUCAACAGAAGAAUCGCGUGGGCAUCUCUGAGCCCGCUAAGGAACCGAAGUAUAAAAAGAAGCCGAGAGUUCUGAUGAAGUGGGUUGUUCUGUUUACCAUUGGGUUUCUGAUUGCGUAUGGGUGCACGUGGCUGUGGCCCAUCAGUGGAAAGGAUGACCUGCCCGUCUGUCCCAACACAGGCACGUGGAUCGACACGUGGAUCAAAGUCUCAGACGUCUUUGAAUCGCUGUAUUUUGGCCUGGGCUUUGCCUUCUGCGUGGUCGUCAUCCCCAAAGUCCACACCAUGCAGGGUGCGCUGCGUCGGCGCAUUGCCCUCAUCGCCGUGUUCCUGUCCUUCUUCAUGCUGUCGUGGUUCUGGCACGCUCGCCUGCACGAGACCUUCUGUGGCUAUUGGGGGGUCAUUCUCCUGGACGUGUUGUUUCACAUCCCUGUGUCGGUCAUGAGUGUGUUGAUCAUGAAGUACUGCGUCAUCCUCAUGCGCCGUUUCUCGUACUCGUCUACCUCCACCAAUGCCUCCAUGGAUAUUUUGUCCCGUGCUCAAUGGAUUGGCUUCUCCGUAUUCUUGGCCGUUGCUACGGCUGUCCUGUCCUUCCUCGUCCUGUACUAUUUACCCCCCUACACCUCCGUAGCCCCCUCCCCUCCCCCGUGUGGGUGGGUCCCUGGCUGUCCAGUGGAGCCGUGCCAGGUCCCGCUAUUCUGUACCGAUUUAAUGUGUCCCGAACUGGCCAGCGCAUGUCCGGUACAGACCACACCGUACACAAUGCAGCAGUGCUAUGCCAGUGGGCAAGUCAACCCAACCACGGGCCUACCCAACUCAGACACGCUGACCAACGAGUGCACGGCCCAAUCGGCGGUG